GCCGGCUCGGUCACGUGUCUCCUCAGACAGACGAUCGGCAUGUCGCCUAAGUGCCGUAAAGUGUGACGCACUUCCGCCCUCCGGUGCGCUCUGAGAGCAGACGCGGUACCGAGACGGAGAGUAGUCGGCGGUGUGAAAAGUCAUGGCGGCUGCCGGGGACAAGUCUGUUCUGUUCGUGUGCCUAGGUAACAUUUGUCGGUCUCCAAUAGCCGAAGCAGUGUUCCGGAAGUUGGCAUCUGAUCAGGGGGUAUCACAUGAGUGGAACAUAGACAGCGCAGCCACAUCUACCUAUGAAAUAGGAAACCCGCCUGAUCAUCGGGGCCAGAGCUGCAUGAGGAAGCACGGCAUUCCAAUGAGUCACACAGCCAGGCAGAUCACCAAAGAAGAUUUCAUGUCCUAUGACUAUAUUUUAUGCAUGGAUGAAAGUAAUCUCAGAGAACUAAAACGUAAAUGUGGUCAAGUACAGAACUGCAAAGCUAAAAUUGAACUGCUUGGCAGCUACGAUCCUCAGAAGCGGCUCAUUAUUGAAGAUCCAUAUUAUGGCAGCGAUGAAGACUUUGAGACCGUCUACCAGCAGUGUGUUCGAUGCUGUAAAUCAUUUUUAGAGAAGUGUUCCUAGUACCACUCACCAGUCGUGAUAGUUUAAGAUGUAUCUGUUCUGAUCGCACAUUAACCUUUUAGUCUUGUAUUUUACUAUGCAGCAAGGCCGGAUGUUCCAUUUAUACAACAACGUUGAAGUAUUUUAUGUCCUACUUCUUUGUUUCAGAAAUAGUAUGCUAAUAAAGAAAAUAAAGUGUACUACACGGAAUCAAAAACUUGUUUAAUGCCAAAUCACGAAAUAAAGUCCAUUUUAAUCUACC